ACAGCUGACAAGACUACCAACGACUGCGAGGCCGUAGGCUAUGACAACUGCCAUAACGUUAAUGGGGCCCAGGGUCCCAAGGGCAAAAGAGGUGGAGACGGUGGAAAUGCAGGAUUGCCAGGUAUGUAAUGCUUGGGUCUGGCUCACAAAAGCAAUUGAAACAAACGCGCAUUUGGACAUUCUACAUGUACAUCCCAACAUGAUAUGCGGAUUUGAUUUCGAUUUUCCUCGAAAAAAAAAUUAGCUAGUGUCCAGCCGCGCCAGCUAGGAGAGCCCGAUUGCAAGUCCGACGCGCUGACCUUUCGAUCGGCCACCCUUCCCGCUUUCACGAUGUUAAAUUUAUUUUCUAGGCAAAGGAGGGACAGCCGGACGUAUAAUCAUUCGUUAUACGAAGCAUACUGGAACAGUGCAAUUACAGACCUGCGGGGGUAAAGGAGCACCGCCAGCCUUGAAUGGACAAGGUGGCCAAGGUAAGGGGGCUUUCAUUUAUUAUGACCUACGGUUUAAAAAACUGCUUUUAUGGGGGUAACACUAUUACGGGUAAACCAGUACUUUUCAUUGUGGCCCACAAGGUUGAAAAUCCCAACUGCCGAAGGCAAGCUAGUUGGCAAUUUAUGAGCGUGCUCUAGAAGUUGAACUCUGGACUGCCGAGAAUAAGUCCAGCUAGCGGUCAGGGCGGGGAUCGAACUUCGGGCCUCCAGAUUAAAAGUCCCACGCACUAACUGGAGCUUGUUUACACUGCCUCCUCCUCGCUUCAGCAAAUUGACCAGAAGUUGGCCGAAAUACAUUGAUAUAUCUGCAAAAUAGUGAAUAUAAUUUGUAUAGGUAAUAGCAUGAUUUUUAGUGAUAUUUGGCAUAAAUACCUCGAGUGAUAUUUUGAAAUUGUUAUACGUAAUUUCACGAGCCGUUAGGCGAGAGAAAUUUGAGACAAUUUUGAAAUAUCACGAGUGGUAUCUAUGCCAAAUAUCACGUACAAGUCAUGCUAUUAUUUGUCUAUACUACCACCCGCAAAAGAUUUGUAAUUUUCACAUGUAGGUAUUUCAAAUUAAGCUGAAAUACCACUGCUCUAAGCCAAUCAAAUUGCAGUAAUUUUUCAUGUAGUAGUAUAAACAAAAGUAAAUAAUAACAGUACAAAUCUCCCAGAAUCCUUCGAUCCAUUUUUUUAAAGCUUUAUAAGUUUGACAAUUUUAUACCUAAAAGAAUGUCAGACCACAACAAGAUAACAUUUGCCUAAAAAUAUCUUCCUAUGUCAUAUCUACGAGAGUGAGGUCAUCAGUAAUAAUAAUAAUAAUAAUAAUAAUAAUAAUAAUAAUAAUAAUAAUCAACUAAAUAAAAUAGGAUCUCUCAACAAUGUCAAUUUAAUGACCAGUGUUGUGACCUUUUCACAAGGGCCCAACCAUGUGUCAGUGUGUUAGAGUUUAAUUCAGUGAUAAUAUCAGUCACAAAAGCUGGUUACUUUAGGUGGCGAAGGUGGCGAAGGAGGACAUGGAGCAAAGUGCACGACAUACUACAGAAGACCAUGGCCAGUAGGCAAAUCAACAAAAGGCUGUGAAAAAUAUGGAGAUCCACUUUCAAGAGGUCCAAAAGGAGACAGAGGAGAUGAUGGGGUUCCCGGAUCAAGUAAGAUUUAAUGCGCACAAUAGAGAGGAGAAAUCGCUAGGUCACGCUACGCAGAAUUUUUGGAUGACAACAAACCGAAAAUGUCUCUUAAAAAGUGAAUUCGCACUGUUUCAAACUUCAUCGAUCCUAUUCAUUUUCAUUUAGUUUGUCAAAUCUUGGCGAAAUUUCUGGAGUUGAAUCCGAAGGACCGUAUCAAAGUUUACAAAAAGAAAAAGAAUUUUUGUGUGUGAAAUUAGCAAAUUUCAUGUGGAAACCUACAUGAAGGCCGUUUACGCAAUAAAAUGUAUUUACACUCCACUUUGAAAGGGUGUUUUUUUGUGUUAAAAGAUUUUUACCAAUCACAAGAGUUAAAAACAAUAGCCAAGAAAAGUUUACAGUUUUACAUGUUCCCCACAAAGGAUUUCUUUGUUAUUCAAACUGAGACCAGAUUUUGUUAUAUGGAAGAUGGUUGGAAAGUAAGGAUGAAUAUAUGUACCGCUUUAUGAAGUUUUGUUAACUUUUGCUAUUUAAGCCAAUCAGAAGUAAGUACAGACAAUAGAAAAGUUAGCACCUUUUUUGCAUUCCAACAUGUUCGUUGCCGUUGUUGCUAUCGUUCUUAUCUGGACAGUUUCUUAAAGUGUCUCAAAGUGAUCAACUAAACACCUUCGCUUGAUGGGACAAAUUAACAUUAUUUAUGGUUGAAUUUAUAACACGGUUAACAGAUGCCAAAAAAUAUCACAAUUAAGAGAUAAAGCAUUCCGAGGUCCAUUCAAAAAACAGCUAAAACUGUUUUCAAAACUUUCAGCUCCUUCUAAAAAAGGACUGGAUGGUGUGGUAGAGGACUCUUCAAUUGCAUCGGGAAGAUUAAACGCAGCUAUCAAAAGGGACUAUCCACAGGAGCUGCUCCUUCUGAUGAGGCGACAAGCCGUCGACUUGUUGCUAGGCAACAGCAAUGAUCAACAGGGUAGAAGUACACUGCAGUUUAUAAAAAGCAUUGUAGAAGAGAGAGAUGAUGUAGAGCAACUAAAGAAAGGUAUGCGAUGCCCAGUCAGGAAAUUUCAUAAAACAGAAACAUCAGUGCAUGGAAACACACCGUUGUGAAAUCCAAGACAGUGGUCGCCAAGACCAACGGUGCGUUUCCACGUAAUGCUAUGCCAUCGAGGCAUCGAUAGUAACGUUUACGAUCUAGGCCUGUUUUAUAAGGAUUUAUGUGGAGUCAUUCGAGCAUAACGGUGCCUGUAUCUCCCCACCAAUUCGAACCAACACACUGAUUUUUGAUAAGGGGGCUUUCUUCUUCUUGUUCUUUUUGAGUAAGCUAACCUUUUCCAUAAUUCCACAGAUUUAGUUUUUGUGACGACAUCACUUGUCUUCUCUAUUUCCAACUUGAACUCUGACCUUUGCCGUUUGCCGUAAACGUGAUUCUAAAACUCUUUAUUCUCAACCACUGUUAGACGUGAACAGGAAGCUUGGGUUUUUGGGACAAUAUGGCUAUGACAUUUUUGGAAACAACAAGUUAUUUGCCCCUCUUGUCAAGUGGGGAAAACUUGAAGAAGACGUUGAAGAAAUAAAGGACGCUGCUGAAACCUACGAAGAUGCUUUCAACGAUAUCUUGUCUACCGUGCAAGACAAGGAAAACUUCCAGCAGGUCAGCCUUUCUAAUUAAUUUUAAAAGGUUGGGCAUUUUAUUUUUUUUAAGUUUACAGUUCGUUUGAAGGAAUAGAACUUGUUUGGAAUGCGGCAUCUUAACUUGGCCCUGCUUCACUCGAGAUGAAAAGAGCUUGAGACAAGUAAUUGCCAUACGGAACCCCGCUACAAAUUACAAUUUUCCAAUCACCAUCACCAUCAUCAUCGUCAUCACCGUCGUCAUCGUCAUUAUUAUCAUUAUCAUUACUCACGAGCCAAUUACUAUGAUGAUGAUAAUGAUAAUGAUUACGAUUAUGAUUAUCAUUACCAUUAUUACUAUUAUUAUUAUUAUUAUUAUUAUUAUUAUCAUCAUCAUCAUCAUCAUUAUCAUCAUUAUGACAAUUGUUAUCAUAAUAAUAAUAAUAAUAAUAAUAAUUAUUAUUAUUAUUAUUAUUAUCAUUAUUAUUAUUAUUAUUAUUAUUAUUAUUAUCGUAUUAUAAUUGAUAUUAUGAAUGGGGCACUAAGUUCAUUUAAACGCUAGUAUGAUAUUCCUCCACAGAUGGCGUCUAAGUUGGCAGAUGUUUCAUCAAAACAAGUUAAUGCCCAAAUAGCCCGACUGGAAGAAGCAAAGUCAGUUGCGUUAAAGCAAAAAGGAAUGUAUGUUAAUGUACGUAUGGAUAUUGAAAUUUAAUUUCACGUAUUUCCCCGGCACACUGAAGCUGUGUUUCAGCUUCCAUUUAUGGUUUAAAUCCUUUCCUUUGCUUCAAAAGAACUCUAAAACACCUCAAGACCGCUGCACCGGUAUCGCAGAGGUCAAGGGAUCGAAUCCCGUACAAGCCUGAAUUUUUUUCAGGCUUUCAGUUUUCGCAACAGCAAAAUUUGAGUCAUAACCGCGAUGAUCUACUUUCAUAUAAUUAUUUAAGUACUUUUCGCUUCAUGUCUACAUUAAGGGAAAUUUGGAUUCUGCCAAUAAAUUCAACAAUAUGACGUCAUAAUGACGUUACAUUACGCCACUGCGUCAAUCAAGUUAUGCUCAGAAGUUGGACAUGACGAGUACAUUAUCGUGUGUACUUUUGGUGGUCGUAGGGUGAGCCAAUUUAAAGUUAUAGAAGAGUAGUAACAUCCAAUCUGGAAAACCUAUUAAAAAAAACCCAUUGAUUUGUUCGAAGGCUAUCAAAACGCAGGAGGGAAGAAUGAAAUCCAUACUUAUCAAGAUCAAGAACAUGCUACCAAACGCUCAAAAGAAGGUGCAGGACAAGCUAAAUCGCGACGAAACCAUCGCAGUACUCCAGGGAAUGACAGGCUUUGCCAGCGCCAUAGCUGGAAAGGACCCCUUUGACUUCAUCAACACUGCUCUUGACAUUGCGUCUUAUGCCUCAAAUGCGCCAUGCCGCAUAUCACUUGAUUCUUCUCUUAGAAGUAUCAACAAAUGGUUGACUUUUGGGAAGGAGUACAUACCUCUGGAAGACUCGAGUGACCUGGACUUUUCUCUGGUCGAUAUUAAUUCAGUCCCUGAAAUUAUGCAGGUCAGUAUCUGUCAUGAUCCGCAGAGUGGAUACUCUCCAUCUGGGGACUAUUAAAAAAACUUGUACGAAUGUAAGUUACAACUGUAGCCAUUAAUUAGAGUCUGAAAACAAUAGCGAGGCUGGUAAAUUGUAAUUGUAAAAAUGAACGUGUGAUUAACUGACGUGUGAAAACGCUUGCGAACUCCAACUGCCCAAAAUGUUAUAAAUCUGAAACCAAUUUUGAAUCUGAAAUAAUGAGCUCUGACAUAGACUUGAUAAAACACAUAUGUUAAAAAUGGAAUGAGCUGUACAUUUUAGCUGAGACUUACUUUCGAAUUAUAUACCCUUUAUUUUUUUCUCUCUCUCCUUUGAAAUUUAGGCCAACCUUGAGAUAAGCAAAGAACAACUGGCUGCAGAUUUAGUGUGCUUGUUAGACGAGCAUUCCAAACCAAGUUUAACUGCAGAUCUAGAAGCAGAAAUAGAGUCCUAUUUCAUCGUUGGAUCAUCUCGCAUAGAUAUGAUAGCAAAAUGUAUGGACAUUGAUAACGAGAUUGGAGGAUACAACUUUGAUAUUCCUGUGCUUAAGGAUACAGCUAGCGCAGUUUCUGAAGUGAAGGAUUCGGAAAGUAUGAAAUCAAAACUAAUUUCCUUCUUAGCCAGAGAAAACAGCCGACAUUUUGAGACGCCAACAGUGGUUGCCCCGCGGCAUGAUGUCUGAGAUACUGACACUACACUACUCAGAUCUGGCUAGUGCUUCUCAUUGGUUGAAACAAAUUUCCCUCCCGGUAGGAACAAUCAGAGGCACUACCCGGAUUUGCGCUCGUUCUUCAGAAGUCACUUCGCAGGGAAACCAGUAGUGACGUGACGAAAUGUCGGCUUUUUUUCGUAGGCUGCUUCCUUCUUCAUUUUAUUUCUCUGGAAAGACAAUGAAAUAGUUAAUAGCCCAUAUGUUCACGGCUUAAGUUCCGCUGUAGCUCAGAGAUUAGGACCCCCAAGAAUUCUAGGAAACCCCACGAAGAGCAAAAGAUUCUAAAAUAAUUGGGGAAGCCCUUUUUAGUAAGUUUCAAGACUCCAGUUCAUAGAAAAUUAAUAAUAAUUCAUUUGAUCACCUUCAGGUUUAUACCUUGACCCACUCCCCUCCUCCGAUCCCCUCCUCCGAUCCCCUCCUCGCAAUGUUGUGCCAGCAACUGCUGGUUUGCACCCUUUCAUGUAAAUUCUACGAAAAAAAUUCUAUUGUAGUGACCACCAACACAACACCAACACUGCCGCCUUGUCACGUGAUUGCGAGCCAAUUAUAAACAACAUCUUUUUUUCUUUUCUUUUCUUUGUUUUUUUGUCAUAUCAGGUGGUUCCUUAAGCAGCAAUCUUCAGCAAACAUUCACCGAUAAUCUGCUCAGCACAUACAGACAACUGGAAACAAUGUUUAUGGAAAAGCUAUACGGUCUUUACAAAGCCCUUGGUUUCCGUACCCUCUGGGUGUUAGAUGAUGUCAUGCGUUCAUUCCGUAGGAUCGCCUCUGAAAGUGCCUAUGGCGUUGGGAGACUCAACGGAGCAGUACAAUUAACAGACGUGUUUCAAAAUAUGAAAGACAUCAAGUCAAAGGCUGUGACGUGUUUCUCGAUUAACCCGUACAGCACUGAUAUUCAGAAGUGGAGUUUCGAUAAAACCAACAACAAAGCGGUGAGCUCGCCACGUCACGCUGCCGUAGUGUUUCAACCUUCCCUGCUGAUUCCAGUGUGAACACUUUGCAAAAUACAGUCAAAUCCCGCAUUACCGACACCCGCUUAGUGCGGAUUCCUCAUUAUUACGGACAGUAUGGUAGUCCCUGGUAAAAGAAAGCCCUUAGAUUUUCUCCAAAUUUAACCUUCUUAAUAAAGACAUCCCGUUAUUACGAACACUUUUUAUGGCCCCCUCAGUAGCCGUAUCAAAGGGGUUUGCCCGACGGUCAAGUGCAGUUUUGGGGGAACAAAAUUCAAAUAACAGACGGAUUGUAAUCAAUCCUGCUCACCAAAAAGUUUUUUCGGGCCAGUUGAAAUGACUUGUAGGCUAGUACAUGCUAACUACAACUUGCUCGAAUGGCAGGCUGUAAAACUGACUCUCUUUGCACCCUGUUUGCCUCGUUAAAUCAGGACAUAUUUUGAUGAUUUAGUGUCAGAAAAGUGCGCAAAUGUCUUGACAUUUUUUUAUCUUUUACCGCGACGGACGAAUACCAACAGUUAAUAAGUUACUUUUUUUCGUGUAAAUGCUACUCUAAGCGCUUAUCAUACUGGACGUCAUUUCCGCACAGUGAAGACGAUCUCUAUCAAGUGCUAAAUGCAUCGACACUAAAAUUAAUUGGUAGCUUUUCUAAUCAUACCAAACAGUAUGUACAUAGCCUCAUAUCAGUGAUAUUGUGGCUCUUUGCCUUUUUCUUCUCUCCAGAUAUUUGACGAACUUGCUCAAGGGGAGACAACAUUUAGCAUCAACAUUGAUCGUAGUUGCGAGACUUGUUACAACGUCCGUCUAUUAAAGGUAACAUUUACAAGAUAUUGCUAAAGUUUAAUAUUGCAUUUGCAAAACAUAAUUAUCCGAUGUUAAAAAGUUCAUUGUCUCAUAUUCGCAGAUAUACAUCGAGCUUUUUGGGGCCGAGCAAGCUGCAAAUGUGCCUAGAAAGAUGUACAUCCAAUUACGCCAUCUUGGCGGUUCCUAUUUUCGUUCAGCUGACAGCGAGACACCGGUGAAAUCAUAUCGUCAACCUCUUGGUGGAUUCAGGACUGUUAGGUUUGACAGAUUUACCAUCAGCGAUGAAACCAAGUGCCGGGAAAGCGAAGCUAGUAAGAAUACAUUAAAUUAGGGAUAGUGUAUUUUGUAACGCAAAAUGGGUGUGCUGGAGGCCGCAAAUGUUGUGAGUGCGUUGGAAUUCAAAUUUAAGGGCAAGGUUGUUCUAGAAGAACAUAACUUUCCUAACCAAAAAAGAGAGUUGAUAGCGUUUUUCUAAACGGUUUCGCCACCAGAAAAAUUGAAAACAAGUUACAUUAUCCACUAUCUUCAGAUCAUAAAGUUUUCUGAAUAAAACAAUGUUAAUUUUAUUCGCCAGAGUGCACAAAGUAUUGCGUAACAGAGGACGAUGCUCGCUGGAUUGGGAUGUGCGACAAUCCCCUUAACAAAGGAAAAGGUCUUCGAACAGACAGCCUUCUGGGAAGGGAAGAAUGCAAAAGUCCUUUUGGCAGUUAUGAGUUGAAAAUUCCCAAAGACGACAACAUGGAAUGUACUGCUGACGGCUUCAUAACAAAUACCAACUGUAAAGAUCUUGACGUAAGUAGCAAUGCACUAUACCGUUUUUUGUGGUAA